AUGGCAUUCCAGAACAAAGAGAUUAACAAUUCGAAUCAAGAUAACCCGCAGCUUGAGGCCGUGGGUGCAGAUCACAUCAUCCAAUUAAACCCGCUACUAAACAAACGCUCCAAGAUCACGAGUAGCAGCACAAAAUCUCAAACAGUAUAUGUCUAUAGCGUCGAAGCUGACCUCAGCGUUGAUACCCUUGCGUACCAGCUCUCAGACUUGAUCCAUAAUGGUCAUGAAGAUGGACCGAUAAGAGCCUCAUGCAUGGGGAAAAUGGCUGCAGCUCUCAAAACUGGCUAUCAAGCAAUGAGAGGCUUGUUAUCUGCCAAUCCACGCAGAUGUUGCUGUUCAGAUCAAAGUCUCGAAGCAUCUAAACGUCAGUUUGGUUGGUGCUACACAAAAAAGGGAAAUGCCAAACAUGGAUCUGCAAGGGGAACACAGCCUGACAAUUUCAUUGCCUGUCAGGAUAGAUACUUACUGCUUAAUACCCAUGUUAAUAUGCUUCCUGUGCUCGUCAAGGACGACCAAAGUGCAGGCACGGUGAUGCAGCGGGUGCUGCGGCUGGACACGGCACUGCAGUCGCUGCACGGAAUCCUCCUUCGAUUCCUCUCUCUCGCGAUUUUUGUUUACCUUCCUAGGUCAUGUCAACAGGAUGAUAGUAAAGAAAUUCAGAACUACCUGAUACACUCUAGGAACAUGAAAAAGGUCGCCGGGUACCUCAAGGGCUCAUUUCUUGUUUACUGGACAGUUGAUGUAUUGUGGUUAUAUGAUUAUUACAGUUCAUUCCAAUUUAGUUAG